AUGCCUCGAAUUAAAGGACAAUUGAAGCCCAAUGUAAAUGUUGGCAAUGCUCUAGGCCAAGUUCAAGAAGUGAAAAAUAGUAAUACAAUGCUAAUUGCUGUCAGUGCAUAUACUAAACGAAUGGAAGAUGAAAUUAGCAUCAAACCAGGUGAUAAAAUACAAGUUAUUACAGACGAUGAAGAUUAUAAUGAUGGCUGGUAUGUAGGCCGUAACCUAAGAACAGGAAAAGAAGGCUUAUUCCCAAAAAUCUUUACUCAAAAGCUAGAUAUAGACGCUCAAGAUUCACCCUCUUUGAAAGAGAAAUCUCAAAGAAGGGGUGAUGGUGUAUAUGGAAACGAGAAGUUACAAUUCGAUGUCAACUGCCGUGAGUACUCUCAAUCUGGGUCAAAUAGUAACUCUUCUUAUUCCUUUCUGAAGACAUCUACUGAAAAUAAAAGUAAUCAUGCUGAUAAAAGUUCAUCAGUCAACACAACUAUGAACGAUAUCGAUAAAGCAUUGGCAGAGUUAAGAAGCGAUUCUUUAGAGUUAUUAUUAAAUAAAGAAGCAAUCAGUACACCUCUUACAAAGCAUUUGAAUGUGACAGCUUCUACACCGGAAUUAGAUAUAACACCCUCGAUUACAAGCCAAUCCAUUGAUACGGAAAAAAGCAGUCGUUCAAUUAUUGACGAACUUGACCCAUCCCUCGUAGCAAAAUGGACUCCAGAACAAGUAAGUAAUUAUUUCUUAAAGAAAGGGUUCAAUGUUGAGGCAGCUGGAAAAUUUGAAAAACACCAGAUUACUGGUAAAAUUUUACUGGAACUAGAGCUUGGACAUCUGAAAGAGUUAGAGAUAAACUCUUUCGGCUUAAGGUUUGAAAUAUUCAAAGAAAUUUCUACUUUAAAAGGCACAGCUGAAUCAGCCACCCCGAUUACUGCUGAUAAAAGGAAAACUCAACUGCUAGCAGCAACGUCACUCACCAGUUUAAGACGCUCAUCACAUAAUUACCACUCAAGAAAAUUAUCACAGUCUUUAGAUGCCCUUCCGUCUGAUAAGACACCUGAAACGGGUAUGAGGGAUAUUGUAAAUAAUUCUAGACCAAGCUCAGUACUUUUUGAUAGCGAGCAGCUAAGAAUUACUUCUGACAAACUAGCAGGCUUGGCGAUAUCCUCCGACGAAAAAGUUUUCGAAUCUCCAGGAAAAGCACCAAAACCACCAUCAUAUCCAAGCCCGGUACAACCACAUUUAUCGCCAUCUGUAAAUCAACAAUUGACAACCAGUCCUCAUACUUCCUCGGAUUAUAAAUUUUUUUCGAACAUCAACAAUACUGGAAAUCCAUAUACAUUUCCUAACUCUACCACUUCAUCUAAUGAUAGCGGUAAGUUUAGAUUCCCUUCAUCUGCCACGUCUGGAAACGAUUCAAUUGCUAGCUACGACUUCAAGCUAAAAAAUUCCUCUAUUGGCUUAAAGUUUCCUUCAAGUGCAAGCAGAGCAUCAUCUGGAGUGUCACCGAUUCCUACUCCAAGAUCAGAAUAUUUUGCCAAUACUGCAAGCCCGGUUAUGGAUGGGUCUAAAAGUAACAGAAAUUCAGUAAUUUACACCGGCCACAAAAAGACUGUAUCAGGAGGAUCUUUUGUUGACCUAUUCAAUCGAAUAUCCACUUUAUCUCCAGUGAAGUCAGUCAACGAGUCAAAUGAAAGGUUAGAAAGACCAGUAUCAGCGUAUUAUGGAAGCCAUUCGAGAACGCCAUCUAGUGUAUACGACCACAGUAGACGUGCAAGUAAUUCUGAUAUUAAAAAGCAUAGGAGAAAUUCGUCAUUGCUGUCAUUCCUUUCACCGAGCAAGAACGAAGACAGGGUAGCCCUCUCACCUAGUAAUAAUACACGGAGGAACACUACUGCUUCUGCAAAUAACAAAAUAGUGUCACAUUCUAGAAAAUCUUCACUAAUCACAAGCCCACUCCGAGAAAAUCAAAAUGACUACAGUACUACUGUAGUUGCGAAAGAUAAGAAACGUGACAAUAUCAACCAUAAACCAAGGCAUAGUCAUAAACAAUCUUCAUCUUCAAGAUCAAUAAGUACCAUUGAUCCUAAGGACGUUAUCGAGGUUAAAAAGCUAGAGGAGGAAAAGAAACGAUCGGCUAGUGAAGCCAUAAAAAUGAAGAAAAAAGCUGUUCGUCCCAAAGCUAAAAAGCAGCAAACUACUGCCUUCCUUGAAGGCAUAAGAAAUGUUACUGUUAAAGAUGCGCUGAAAACUUCUGACUGUUAUGGCUGGAUGAAUAAGAAGGGUAACGGCACCAUGGGGGUUUGGAAAACCAGAUUCUUCGUUUUACACGGAACCAGGUUAUCAUAUUUUGCAAGUACAGAAGAUACUAGGGAAAGAGGAUUGAUAGACAUUACGUCACACAAAGUUGUUCCAGCAAGAGACGACGACAAACUUGUAUCAAUUUACGCUGCGAGUACAGGCCGUGGGAAAUACUGUUUCAAGUUGAUUCCACCGCAGCCUGGAUCUAAGAAGGGGCUUACGUUUACGCAACCCCGUGUGCAUUACUUUGCCGUAGAUUCGAAGGAGGAAAUGAGGAAUUGGUUGGCUGCAAUGAUAAAAGCUACCAUCGACGUCGAUGACACUGUUCCCAUAGUCAGCUCAUAUGCUAUGCCAACUGUCUCAUUGACUAGAGCCCAGGAAAUGUUGGAUGAAGCAAAAGAAGAACUAAAAGAAAGGGAGCAACAGCGCUUCCUCAAUGAGGAAGACGAAGAUCAAUUGCUCUGGGAACAGCAACAACGCCAGAAUGAGCUCAUGGCGUCUGGCUUUCUUUGA